AUGGCUCAUUCUAUCUGGACCGAUUUAUGCAAACAGCCCACUCACCCAGUGUCCACUGAAAACUAUGCAACGAUUGUCUACUAUUCGACCAUUCGACUCCAUGAACCCAUUGACUCCAUCUUGUCAACUCUCAAUGAGCGCGCCAUGGCAUUGUCAAAGCUUGCCAACUUUGAUUGUGCUCUUCGCGACGCCAACGUUAUGCAACAACUCUCGCCCUCUUCACCACUUGGAUAUGUUCGUGCAGCCGACAUUUAUAGUGAGCAAGGAAAACAGCGUCAUGUCGUCGAUGUUUGCAACAGAGGGCUGACGAUGGUGGAACGUGAUGAUAUGCACUAUGGUCUAUUGCAGCGAGCCAAAGACAGUGCUAUACAACUACAGGAUAAACGCAUUGACUUUAUCAGCCAGCUUCCAAUCGACAUUGUUUCCACAACGCUUAUACCCAUGAUUACUGGUGAUUCUCCUUUGGAUUCAUUGAAGCCAUGUCCCCAUUUGCAUGUGUCCAAUGCAUGGCGUGAUUACUUUUUGCGAUAUUCCGAUGGAUUACGUUUCGAGACUGGGGACGAGGAAGAAGAGGAAGACCUGGAAAAGUGCUCCCAAAUAGUGAGGUUUGCUCGACACAUCACGGCAUUGCAUGUUGAUCGAUAUUCCAAAGGUGCCUGGCUAUCUGAUUUAUUCCGUGAGAAUGAUUUUUCUUCAUUGCAGGAGUUAUGCGUUUAUGAUAUGGGAGAUGGCUAUAUGAAUCGCUUUAUUUCUUCGUUGCAAUCAGUGGGCAGCAGAUUGACACAUUUGAAUAUUCAUGACGACUUUGAAGACACCAUACCUGUGACAAGAGUAUUGUCUGCCUGCCCCAACCUGGUUUCGCUUGUAUUGCAUGAACCAGAUAUUCACGAUUUCAAGCACCUACCCAUGACACCCUGGCCAAACAUGACGACAUUAUCGAUCGUCUCCCUAGGAGAAAGGCUUGGUGAUGAAGAGAUACACGAGAUCUGCCAGCGGUUUCCAGCACUGAGAAAAUUCGACCUUCAUCCAUGUCUUUAUGUUGAAUCGGCGCUCAUGAUACCACACUAUUGCCCGUUGUUGAAAAGUGUUGAGCUUGCCUUUGAGAUCAUGACUGUGGGGGUUGCCUAUACGGAUCGCAACGCUGGGUCGGAAGACGUUGUGGUUACAAAGAUUUCUGUUUACAUGGACGAUUGGGAAGAAUUUAGCGACGUUGCAUUCGAGGAUUUUCAUCCUACUUUACGGCGGCAUCAUACAACACUCGAGGACAUCGAAUGGUAUAUUUCGCCUGAAAGGGACUUCCACGACCUUGUCAACAUGCCAUAUCCUCGCUUAAAGAAGCUAUCACUCCUCACUUCGGCACCACCAAUAUUGCAAAACGCUCUUAAUCUUGAAGAGUUGACGAUGACAUCAAACGCAAUUAAUGCCAACCCUGCAAUCCUGGAUACAAUCCCAUCUACGUUGAAGAAGCUCAAAUUGAAAUUGCAUGAUGGACGCAAUCAUGUUGAUCCGAACACCAUCGAGCGUUAUCUUGGUCGCGUGGCUCAGCAAUGCCGAAUACAAGAACUUACAAUCCACGUCGACAUGUUCGUUGCCUUUGAGAAUAUCCUUCAAGCUGUCUACCGUUUCAGCAUGCUCCAACGUCUAAUGCUCAAAUUCAGGAGGGAUUGGGAGCCGUAUCAAACUGAAAGAUUCCUUGACGGUCUUGUGAAUGCAUGCCCUCAUCUAUUUUCGCUUGACAUUGAUUGCAACCUCGCUCCAUCGACCUAUUCCAUGAAUGCAUUGACACGACUUGUUCAUCUAAAGGAGUUCGCCUUUUCCAUCAAGGACAUGGGCCCCUAUGACAGCUUUUGGCUUGCACUUCGAACCUUUUCUCAACUCAAGUGCAUCCGAGUACGCCAUCAAGAUCCAAUCACUAACGUUCAAAUUCGCCAACUCAAGAAUCACAGGCCUGACAUGAAUGUUAUUAUAGAUGGAUUGUACCAACCAGUCUGGAUGCCGUCUUAA